GUGUGUAGAAACCCCCUUCAGUUCGAGUCCUUUAUUAGUUUACGGCUCGACUAACAAUGUGCAGCAGCGGAGCUCCGUCCCAGCGCUAAAGCCACAGGAAUGGAGGAGAAAAGUUUACUUCUGGAGGGUCUGCCGGGGGAUCUCGAGCAGCUCAGGACCAAACUAGAGCUUCAUUUCAAAAACAAACGGAAAUCUGGUGGAGAAGUCUUACAGAUCCGAGAGCAUCCGGAGGACAAGAGGAAAGCCCUGCUCAUCUACCAACUGGACUCAGAUUUAAACAAUGUCCUUAAACAAGGCAUGCACAAAAUUGAAUUUAAAGGCCACGGAACUGUUGAACUGAAUGUCAAACCAUUAAAUGUGACGAAAAUUAAGCCGCCUGUUUUACCAAAACCAAAGAUAGAAACUCUUGAACACAACAGAUCUGCGCAGCGCCCUCCACCUCAACAGAAGUAUCGAGGAGUUCAGAAAGGAAAUGAAGAGAACUCAAAACCCAGGGAUCUUCUUAUCAGCACAGAGGAGACAGUUGAUAAAGAGAUUCUUGCAAUGUACUUUGAACAGUUUACAGAGAAGGCUGAAAUUAUAAAACAUGGAAAAAACAAGUGGAUCCUAAAAGUCGCCAAUUCGUGUGAUGUGUUGACUAUUCUGGACAAAAAGGAACAUGACUUUGGUCUGGAAGUGAAGGUGUAUAAAGAAGCAGAUGAUGAAAAGCAGUGCGACCCUCGACGCUUCAUCCUGACUGGAUUCGAAGACAGCUGUCAAUGCAAAUUAAUUACCAUGUAUAUUGGGAGCUGCAGUCAACAGCCAGUACAUACUUGGGAGAUAGUUGAUGAUGAGAGAAUUGUGGUCACCUUCAAGGAAGACAUCGAUUCAAAAUCGUUCAUUGAGAAAUGUGCUGCCAGAAACCUGCAGGGCAUGGAAAUUGAAGCCUCUCAUUUAGAAUUAACAGACUCAGUUCUGGUACUGGGGGAUAUGAGCACACUUACAGAAGACAUGCUGACCCUCUAUUUUAGCAACAGCAAAAGGAGUGGUGGAGGCAACAUCAGGUCUUUCAUUUGGGUCAACAAACAAAAGAGUGCGGUGAUAUCCUUUCAAGAUUGUCAUGUUGCACAAGAAGUGGUGGACAAAAAACAUCAACUUUGUGGCACAAACCUUGGCACUUCGCUUUUUUAUUCAAGUCUUCAGAAGGCUUUGACAGGAGAAACGCCAAGGUGUUCCAGCAUAUCCACGAGUACGAUUAUUCCCGUUGAGGAGGCAGUCCGCAGUUUCAUUGAAAAAAACGAAAAGCACAAAAAUGAUUUUGAGAGUCAACUAAUGGUAGUUCGUGCCAAUGUAGUUUUUGACAAGACCACAUCCCCUAGAGAAAUUGCACUUGAGAUGGCUGUAGACAAAGAGUCUUUAGGUGCACUUCGACUAGGACCAACCUGGGAAAGUAAAGCCCAAAGAGAAGCACAAGCCUUUCUGAGCAGGUAUAGCACAGCUGAGCAGCAAGCUGAGGUCGAGAUCUGGAAAAGAAUAGAGCAUAAGUGCCUUGAAUUUGUCAAUUCUGAUGUUGAGGUCACCUACAAGGAAACCAAAAUCGCAAUAGUUGGCCUAAAAACAGAAGUCUCUACUAACCGGGACAAGAUUCUGAAUCUUUGUGAGGAUGCAACUGCAGAACUUGAAGUGGAAAGGAACACUGUUGAAAAAGUGAUUCAGUUUGACUCAAAAGAGGCACUACAGCUGGUAGAACAUUGUGUAUAUGGCAAACUUCAAAAAGUAACGCUUACAAAAAAUGAAACUAACCUGACUUUUCACUUGCAAGGUUUGAGGGACCGUGUAAGUACUGCUGAAAGGAUCAUCAAGCAAGCACAGGAGGAGGUCAUCUUCCAAGGACUGAACCUGUCGGGUCACUUGCUUCAGUUUCUGAAGUCCUUAGAUCUAAAGAAAUUUGAGCAAAACCAUUUUGUAAAAAGCCAUAUAACAGCCUUAUUUCGUAAAGAUGGAGAGCUUCUUGGGCUCGUUGCAGAGAAAAAAUACCUCGAAGCAGCCGAAGACAAACUGAAAAAGAUUCUUCAAGAGGAGAUCAUCCAACUUACUCCAGAUGUAAACAAAGGAAUUAACUCUGACAAAUGGCUGAAGUUCUUGAAUGAAUUAAAAAUCGAAUCAAAUCGUAUUUCACAGAAUGUUACCAUCAUAUCCUCAGAGGCACAGGUUGUGAUUUGCGGAUUUGCUGACGUGGUGGCGAAUGUUACGAAAAAGGUUCAAGCUUAUCUAGAGAACAAGACUCCAGCAACUGAAUAUGUCAAUCUGAAAUCUCUGCAUGAAUUGGAGUUUAUUGACUCGUGCAUGAACUUGUCCAAAAAUCCAGAAAUUCGAAACCUUGGUAUAAUCGUUAAGUCAUGCAGAACAGCAAGUUCUCCAUGUCUCAAAGUUACAGCAUCCAAAGAAAAAAUCCAGGAUGUAAUUACUGUUGUGAAAAAACAUGUAUCCCGCAUUCAUACUGAGAAGCAGACUUUUUCUAAAGCAGGAGAAUCUAAAGUCAUACUUAAGCAUGAAGCCAAGAUUCAGGCCAAAGCCAAAGAGUGCCAUUGCAAGGCUUACAUUUCAAAUGAGGAAAGCGGCCCAUCAAAACAAUACACCCAUAAAAUAAACAGCCACAUGACUUUAACAGUUACAGAGGGAGAUCUGCAGCACUUUCCAGCUGACGCCUUGAUUUGUCCUAUGAACAGCAAACUAGCUUUUGACAACCCCAUUGCGCAAAAGUUCCUACAGCUCGCAGGUUCAGAUAUUCAGGUAGUCUGCAACAGACUUCAAAAGGAAAAGCAAACGUUACUUGCUGGAGAUGUGGUCCUAAGCAACUCAGGAAAUCUCAGUGCCAACAGUCUCAUUUUUACUGUGUUACCUCAAAGCGGUCAACAGUUAACUUCUGUUACUGGCUCUCACUACCUACAGGAAGCCGUUCUUAAAAGCCUCCAGAAAGCAGAGUCUCAAAAUGAUACUUCUAUCGCAAUGCCAGUAAUAGGCUGUGAAACUUUUGGGUUCUCCACCAAAGAAAGCUGCUUGGCAAUCAGAGACGCAGUGCUUCAGUUCAACAACGCACAACAAAAUUCGCAGAGGAAUAUAAAGAACAUAUUUGUUGUUGAUUCUAAUGUGAAGGUCCUGGAGGAGUUCAAUGACAUCAUUGCUAAACUGGGUUUCUCUAAUGUAAAAGCGUCUACAAAGCCAACAAAGACUACCUCUAAAAAACAACCCAAAUUUGUACAUUUUAAACAAACAUCUGACACAGAAGUUCAUGUUCAUGGAGUAAUGGUGUCCCUUAAACAAGGAGAUAUCACCAAAGAGAUAGUGGACGUCAUCGUCAAUUCCAGCAAUAAAGCAUUGGAUCUUAACACGGGUGUGUCUGGUGCAAUUUUGCAGGCCGCCGGACAAUCAGUUGUGGACGAAUGCAAAAAGCAUGGUCCACAAAAAGAGAAUGGAGUGGUAUUGACAAGCGGAGGCAAUCUCUCAUGUAAACAUAUUGCUCAUAUGGUUGGGCCCAAUAAUGCUGCUGAUAUAACUUCUACUGUGGAGAAUGCUCUAAAGCUCUGUGAAACUACAGUCGCCGCCACGGUAGCCGUUCCUGCAAUCGGCACAGGGAGAGGCGGUAUCGGAGCAAAUGACUCCAUCAAAGCUAUUCUAGCUGGAGUGGAAAACCAUUUGACGCAGUCGGCAUCAUCCAGUCUUCAGAAAGUAACUGUGGUGGCAUUCGACCAGAUGGUUUUGGAUGCAUACUGCAGCUAUUUUAAGGAGAGGAACAGCAAGACUGCACGUACCAAUAUGCCUGCGAAUAAAGUUAAAAUCGGGGAUGUAUGGAUUGAAAUAAAGAAGGGGAACAUUACCAUCGAAACUGUCCGUGGCAUCGUCAACACCACCAACAACCAAAUGAACCUGACAGGAGGAGUCUCAGGAGCCAUUUUUAAAGCUGCGGGACCCUCUGUUCAACAGGAGUGUCUAAAUCAUGGUCCCCUCGUGGGCGAUACAGCUGCAGUGACCAGCGGUGGGAAUUUGCAAUGUGAUUUCAUCAUUCAUAUGAUAGGACCCCACUCUACUAAGGAGGCAAGAUCACGAGUAAAGAAAGUACUGGAGAGGUGUGAGGAGAAACAGAUCAGCACCAUUUCCUUUCCCGCUGUCGGCACCGGUGGAGGUGGUGUUAAUAGUGUGGAUGCCAUCACAGCUAUGCUACAAGGCUUUCAUGACCACUUGUCUCAACGUUCCUCCUCUGCCCUUAAACUUAUUUACAUCGUCGUGGACCGAGAUGAAGUCCUGAAAGCGUUCCUACAGGGACUGAAUCAGUGGACUGCAAACCCUCAGGUUGCUGAACAAUCCGAAGAUGAAGAUGAUGAAAGUUGUUCUGGCUCAAAUGAUGAGAGUUUAUCUUCAGAAGAAGAGGGUGACUCUAGUGAAUUAAACAUUGGCCAAAUCAGAGUUAAAGUGCUUUGUGGCGACAUCACUAAGGAGACGACAGACGCAAUAGUCAGCAGCACUAAUAUCAACCUUAAUCUAAGCACAGGUGUAUCAGGAGCUAUCCUCAAAGCAGCCGGACAGACCGUUGUGGAUGAGUGUACCAAAUUAGGUGUUCAACCGGGUGAUGGUGUGGUCCUCACAUCAGCUGGAAAUCUUCCAGUUAAGCACAUUAUCCAUAUGGUUGGGCAGACCAAAGAGAAAGACAUCACAAACUCCAUGUAUAAAGUUCUGAAGAAGUGUGAAGAGAACAAGAUUGAGUCUGUUUCAUUCCCAGCUCUUGGAACUGGAGCAGGAAAUCUGGCAGCAGCUCAAGUAGCUAAAGCUAUGAUGGACGCGGUGGCGAAUUUCGUUAUCGACUCACCAGCAUUUUUAAAAACGGUUCAGAUUGUGAUUUUCCAAAGUACAAUGUUGUCAGAGUUUGAGGAAGCUAUGAAGAAGUUCAAAAAGACUUCUCGAACACCAUCUUCAGUAACCAUCCCAACAUUAACCCAGCAAACAGCGACAUCUUCCACCAAUCGUAAAGUGUGUCUUGUUACUGAGACAGCCGCAGUGACUUUCCCAGUCGCAAACGUAGAGAUCUAUGGAAUGUCCACUGCUAACAUCGCCAAGGUGAAAAAGUUCCUGGAUGAUCUAGUUUCAGAAGAAUGCCAUAGCACAGAUCUUCAGUCCAGCCAUUUGGCCAACAUUACCGAAGCUAACAACAAGGCGAUUGUGGAGCUCAGCAAAAGCAAACAAGUGCGUGUCCUUGUGGCUGCAAAAGACAAACUGACAGUGUCAGGAAGGAAGGAGGAUGUUUUAGACACCCUUCUACACAUCAAGGGAUUCAUCCAAGCAGCACAAGAAAGGGAAUCCCGAGAAAGUGAAGAAAAGAGGCUGAGCAAAACGUUGUGCUGGGAGGUCGCAGAACAGGAGACUUGGGUGCCACUGAGUUCCAGUAUUAGCUAUGAACUGGAGUUAGCCUUUCAUAAAGAGCAGAAAUAUAGCUACACGGACAAAGGUGAAACAUUUACCGUGGAUUUCAAGGAGAUGAAACGAGUAAACGCAAAGGGGAAGUCUUGUAAAAUUAAGCGAAAACUGUUUGCUGACUCAGAAACAGCUAUCAUUGACCCUCCACCAACCUGGACGAAAAUGACUGGAAGUGACCUUGAAAUAGUGUUGUUACCCGAUUCAGAUGAAUACAAGAAAAUCGAGAAGGACUUUUUACGCUCAAGCCAACACAAAGACGUAGCUCCUGUCCAAGUGGUGGAGAUUCGCAGAAUUCAGAGUCAGCCCCAGUGGCAGAGAUACUGUGUGUGGAAGCAAGCAGUGGACAAGAAAUACCCCAAGCAGACUAACGAGCGGUUCCUCUAUCACGGCACGACCAAUGAGAUUUGUCAGAAAAUCAAUAGGAACGGCUUCAACAGGAGCUUCUGUGGCAGAAACGCGGUCGUUCACGGCGACGGUACAUACUUCGCCAAAGAGGCUUGGUAUUCCUGCCAUGACCAGUAUUCCAACCCAGAUGCCAAUGGACUGAAGUAUAUCUACAGAGCUAGAGUUGUUACCGGGAAACCAUGUAAAAGUCAACGAGGAAUGAAGGAGCCAGAUCCUCUAAACCCAAAUGAUCCCAGUGCUGGGCUGUUUGACUGCGCCGUGGACAAUUUGAAAAAUCCGUUCAUUUUUGUGGUUUUCUGUGAUGCGGGGGCCUACCCCGACUAUCUCAUCAGCUUUAAAAGUGUCUGACGGUACAAAGGAUGUCAUUUUUACCUAACGAAUAUACUGUAACCUUUAUCCGGAAAUAAUGCGUGACUAGCAUAACUUGAAUAACAUUGAGCAAUAAUGCACAUCAAUUUUAAGUAAUAGUUCAGAUUGUUUACUUUGAUGUUGAAAUCAUGAAACCAUGUUGUGCCUUAACAGUUGUCUCAGGCCAAAUGUUCAGGUUCUGUUGGUUAGUCUUUGCAACACUAGGAUUUGUAGAUAAAAGUAAAUAAAUGCACUUGACCGUGGGAGGAAACCAGAGUACAUGAAGGAAACCCGCUAACCACGGGAGGAGAACAUACAACCUCCACACACCAGACCAGCGGUGAGAUUCUAAGCUCCA